UAAAAAAGAAAAAAGACAAAAGUAAACCAACGAAUAAGCAAACAGAACACAAAUCUCGUGUUCUUGGGAUCCCAAAGGUUUGAAAACUUUCAUGGAUUGCCUUCUUCGUCUUCUUCCCCCACGCAUCCUCUCUCCCUCGCGUAAUCUAUAACCCUACCAGCUCAAAUCAAAUGGCAGAAGAUGAAUCUCUUUACUGUGAGCAACACCUGAUUAAGCCAUUGAAUCCUAUUUCGUCAAUGGUUGUCAUCAGAGAAUCGCCAAUUUUCGCCAAGGGCGACCGUCUCGUCUUCCCGCCGGUCAACCACGAGAAUCUCCAGCUCGCUUCUUCCGUCUCCGUCUCCGAAUUCGAUAACAGAUACCUCGAAUCUCCAUCGUCUGAAUCCGAAUCCCCGUCUUCUUCCUCGAGAGGCUCUGCUUCCUCUUCUUCCUUUUCCCUGUCUCCUUCCGAUUCAGACGGACAACCGCCGCUCUCUCCGUGUGAGUUUUACCAGAAGCUUCCGGCUGAAACAACCGAAGAAAAAUCUGAUUCAGAUGGACAAUCGCCGCCGUUGACAGGUUCGAAACGAGGCGGGGAAUCUCCGCCGCCGAGGAAGGUCUUGUACCGUGAAGCUGAUGACGUGCUCCGACAUUGGUGGGAGCUUCUUCUUGUACGAGCGUACUCCAAGUUAAAGAAUGUGUUGGCAUGGUUCUCAACGACUCUCCGACCGUUUUAUCCCGUCCUCGCCGUUGCUAUCUGGUGGUGGAUGCGUGUACGAGUUCGUCGGAGACGUGUCAAUGGAGAAACCACGGGUCAACUUCGAGAUGUGAUCAAAGAGAGAGACGAGAGGAUAGUUCAGCUUUUGCAGCAGAUUGCUCAAAUGAAUGAGUUACUCAUAAAACACCACACGGAGAUGGUGUCAAGAAGAUAAUGAUUCUAAACUCUUUUAGCUUUACUUAAUUAUUCUUUUGUUUCUUGUUUAUAUUCUUUCGCAACUCACUCUGUUUCUGUCAAUUUCUUUACAUUUCAAUCUCUCUAAAUAAAAACAAGACAAAUGGAGAUGUUUUCUGUUUCCUUCUUGUCCUGAUUAGUUUGAAUUUGAAUGCACACUUGUAGAUUCUCGCAA